GGUAAAGAUGAUAUAUUUGGCGGUGAUCUCAAUGACCUGGAAUGCUCGGGAAAAUCGUUCUACUUUGUACGUGCCCUUAGUUAUUGUGAUAUUAACAAGAUAGAGUUACACGUACUGAAAGAAACUCUGAAUACAUACCCAGAAUUUUCAAAAGAAUUCAUGGACAAAAUACAAGUGACAUUUAAUCUUAAGCGGGGAACUCUGAUUGAAAGAAGGAAGACGUCUAAAAUGGAUGACGAGACGUUAAGGUUUAUACGUCAGAAGAGGCCACAUAUGCAAUCGAAAGGACGAAAAACUGAUACAGAGGUAGCUCGACGAAGCGGGCGAUCCAACUGGCGCAGACGAAUGACUAGCACGGGACCGCAGAUGGGAGAAGAUGAGCCGACGUGUAAGGCAUUCGAAAUUUCUCCGCAGCAAGCGUAUAGCGACAUAGAUACAGCGUUCAAAGACAGAUCAGUGAAAAGUACAAGUGUAAAAAUGCGAAAUGACAACAAACAUUCCGGGCCUUCACCUGGGCACAGUCGCACGACGUCAGCCGGUACAAGUAAGUGA